GGGAUUUGGCCGUGUAUAACUAACUGUCUCCGGACGUACUGGACGCGCCGCUUUGCAUCCUACCCUCAUCCGCGAACAUGGCUGACUUCCCUCCUCUGAGGAACGACCUUCUCUUGAGGGCUGCUAGAGGUGAGGAGACCGAGCGUGCUCCAGUAUGGGUCAUGAGACAGGCUGGACGAUACCUCCCUGAGUUUAGAAAGGUCCGCGAAGACCACGAGUUCUUCGAGAUCUGCCGCACGCCCACGCUCGCUACGGAAAUCACUGUCCAGCCCAUCCGCCGCUACUCAGGCCUCAUUGAUGCUGCCAUCAUCUUCAGCGAUAUCCUCGUCGUUCCACAGGCGAUGGGAAUGGAAGUUCUCAUGAAUCCUGGCCCCUCGUUUCCCUCUCCUUUGGAUACCCCAGACGAUAUUGCCAAGCUCCGAUCUAAAGUGGACGUGAAGAAGGAGCUCGGAUAUGUAUUGGAAGCCAUCACCAUGACACGCAAAGAGCUGAAGGGGGAGGUGCCCUUGAUCGGGUUUUGCGGCGCCCCCUGGACUUUGUUCGCAUACAUGGUCGAGGGCGGGGGCAGCAAAACUUUUCAGAAAUCCAAAUCGUGGUUGUUCAAGUACCCGAAUGAGUCGAAAGAGCUUCUCGGUCGGAUCGCGGAUAUCUGCACGGACUUUCUUGUUGAGCAAGCAAAGGCUGGUGCUCAGCUACUGCAAGUCUUCGACUCAUGGGCAGGCGAGCUUGCGCCUCACCACUUCGAGGAAUUCUCGUACCCAACCCUGCGGUAUAUCGCUGAAGGCGUCAAGCGCAAGCUCACGGAAGCUGGCGUGCCUGGCGUGCCAAUGACGCUCUUCGCCAAGGGUGCCAACCAGUCGCUAGAUGCGAUGGCUCAGAGUUCAGGGUACGACGUGCUAGGCCUCGAUUGGUGCGUCGAGCCUAGUCACGCGCGCUCCCUCGUCAAGGGCAAGAUUGCGCUUCAGGGCAAUAUGGAUCCUAACGCGCUGUACGGCGGCAAGAAUGCCAUUGAGCGCGAGGUUCAACGCAUGUGUGCAAGCUUCAAGGUCGCAGGAAAGACAAAGGCGUGGAUAGCAAACCUUGGUCACGGUAUUACACCUGGAGUCGACCCGGAGGACCUGAAGUGGUUCUUCGAAUGCGUGCACAAAUAUUCCGAAAACUAGAAUGGAGCAAAGGGUGCAUAGAAUGUAAUUGUGCGUAAAGGAACAUGAUCGGUGAUUUUCUCUCUGAGCUUCAUGAGGCAUGGAGGUUGUUGGCAUGUCGUGACAUACGGGCAUAAUGAUAGGAGCAUAUUGUACAUUUCUUCCUGUCUGGCUGCGAGCCAUCUACCGGCGACGGCUGCUCUGAUAGGACCGUCCAUCGUCGUGCAACCUCCUGCCUGAGGAGGCACUAGACACACUUUCAGACGACCGAUGGCGGAACUGAUCUAAGUGGAUGACUGGUGAUGCGGAACUGUGGGACCUGCUUGAGCUACUGUGCCCGCUACGGUGGCUGUGGUGGCUGGGCUCGUAGUGCCUAUGAGAAGAUCUCUCCUCGGGGUGGCGGCUCGAAGACCUCGAGCUGUCCCCAUAGGGAAUGUAUACAAGGUUUGGUCUCGACGAGGUUGACACCUUCCGGCUCCGAGGGCCUUCCCCCGCGUAAUCCCGGUCGACAUGUUGAGGCGGGCGAUGCGAUCUAUGGGAACGGCUACCGUAUCCUCUAUCAUGCUCAUCGAGGUCAUCAUACGAUCUGUUGCGAGGUGCAUAGUCCAGAGACGAUUCGUCGUCGAAACCAAGUCGUCCUAUUUCAUUGCCACGCUCGUCUUCGAUAAUGACGGGUCGCUGCUUUCGUGGCUUAUAGCGUCCACUGAAGUCGCCGACUCUUGUCAGCUCAUGGCCUUGGUCGUCCUCGAAGAUGACAGGUGCUCCACCCGGGAUCACAUAGUAUGUGUCUUUCUUGCCGUUACGGCCUCGCUCGACAACAACGACGCAGGGGGGAUACCCGUCCUCGUCCUCGUCUAAGGUCCUGCCACUAGAGUUGCUUCGAUCCCGUCUGCGAUAGUCUCUCGUGCUGUGAUAGUCCCUCGCACCCUGAUAGUCCCUCGUACCCUGAUAAUCCCUCGUACCCUGAUAAUCCCUUGUACCCUGAUAGUCCCCCGUAUUGUGUGACCUGUACUCCUCCCGCCUGCCACGGCCGCUGUUCGAACGACCAAUAAUAUCAGGCUGAAUACUGUGCACAGUCGUGUUCGGUCCCUGCGGCACCAGGACCGGCUGGCGCGGCUCGACAUACAUAUUACGCAUCUGCGCAGACGGCGCAGACAUCGGCGGGCCGUCUCUGGAGGACGGAUAAGGUCUUUCCUGCGGCAGUGAUAGCUCCGUGACGGGCCUCGUGGUUGGCUCGUGCUGGGCGAACGCCUCCUGGAGGCGGCUCAGUGAACUCUCGCGCUGCACGAUUGGCACGCUGUUGUCAUGCGUGUAGUGUGGGUCGUAGGCAGCGGUGUAGUGGUGAUCCAUGGCUGUCACCGUGGACUCGGAGUGCCUGUCAGAUUCGUGGAUGGGGAUUGGGACGGGAUUUGCAGGGCCGCGGCGUCGGCUGCUGCUGCUGCUGCUGCCUCCUCGGUGGUAGUCACCCAUGCCAGAGUAGGACUCGGGAUACUCCACGACUUCUUCUUCCCAGCUCUGAUGGUGGUCUCUUGAAUCGAUGUGUGGGGUGACCGUGCGCCAGGCAGGUGCGGGCGUAGGAUGCGAAGGUUGUUCGUGCCGUCCAUAGUCAUCGUAGACGGGAUACUCGCCAUGCACACGGUCACGCGAUUUUUUAGAGCGACCAAGGGAUGGAAACAGACGAGGCAUGAUGGCUGGUCGGGAGAGAGGCGUCGCAAUGAGAAGGUGUCAAGCAGAGGGCGAUCUCCAACCCGCGGAGGAAGGGGCGAGGGCGACUCAAGCUGAUGCUUGAGGCAUGGAUGGGGGACUGAUCCUAAUCCUUUCGUCGACGAUUACUUUCAUACCGAGCAGCAACGCGGCAAACAUGAGGAGCGCGCGAGGUACGGCUCGCCCCCUUGUCACUCGUGAUUUCAGCUUCUAAACGUGUCUGCAGCAAGUAGUUAAGUUGAUAGAGAAGUACAAGCCAGACCUUUCGUGUUAAAUCAGUGAUAGAAGCAUCGCCUGUUCUCUGUGCAUGCUGUAGGCCCAUAAUAUCACCAGUACAGAGGAAACACUGCUCUGUUAUGACCUGACCGUCUUCGCCACUAUGAAAACAAUUACCGCUCUACCAGAACACGCUUCCAAGAAUAUAGAGCUGGGAGGGGUGAGAUGGUCAUGCGACCAGUUACCGGUAGUUCUGCUGCAGCUGCUUGAGUUGUAGCAAGGCUUGGGAGACCUUGCCAAUCGCGUCCGCGGUCUGGCCGAUGAGACUCACGUCCAAGCCGUAUGGACUCGAGACGCUCUUCAGCUUCUCAGUCAGCACUCGGAGGGACUGCUGCAGCACAUCGGCGGAGUUUGCAAUAUCUAGUUCCAACGACAGAUUAUGUUCUGACGGUUUGCUGGACGGAACCUGGGUAACGGUCUCCGACGUCGAAGGCACCCCGACGAGUACCGGUGCAUUCAAAGGCUGGCUCCGCUCGACAGCUUUAUCCUUCGCUUUUGACGUUACUUGCAUCUGCGCAAUGGGCGCAGUUGAUACGGCGGCCGAUAGAUACGAUGCAGUAGAAGGCUCAGCAGAAGUGGAGGCCAGAAGAACAAGACGUUCGAUUCCGUUGGCAUCUAUCUGAUCGAUGUAUACAGCGUUGCACACGACACAUUCUUUGCGGGGAUCCUUUUCUCCUCCUAACUUUGGCGGCCGGACCAAGGGAAUGCCAUAGCAUGUCGAGUUUGGGCAUUCGUCUGCUAGCAUGGCCCAGCCUUUCAGCAGUCGCUUUCCGAUUUCAGAAGAAGCCAUAUCGGACUGUUGUCUCCUGCGCAUUACUUCUUCCGUGUCGACAGGCACAAAGGUAGGCGAGCUUAGAGUGCUGGAUAUCUCGGUGAGGGGAGUGGAAGUGCGGGAGAUGUGGCUGCCUGUGUCGAAGCUAGACCUGGCGGAGUUCGAAGCGACAGAGGCAGUCUUGCCAGGGUUGUCAUCACAGCUUGCACACCAGUAUACAGACGAGUCGGUGGGUGACCGCAUGAGAGGGACUUUUGAGCAUUUCUUGCAGAUGCGGUCUGUCAGAACCCAGCCUUUGAGCAUAUAUUCUCCCAACUUUCCAGACACGUCGAUGACGGUGGA